AUGAAUGGGACCAUAAGUAACAACGACAUCUCACUCUUCACCUCAAUUAUCUCAUCAAAAAGCGUUGAAACGACUACUUCCUCCACACCACCUACGCUCGACAAAAAAAGCAGACCAGAACAACGUCUAAUCAGGAAAUUCACUCGCCAUCACGACACUCACAAACGUGCUUUAUUCGAAGAUACCGUCCUUCUGCAUGACGCGGGCUCAUCAGCAUCGUCACGAGGGAUCGAUCCAUCCCCGGUCGAUCAUUCCGGCAGCUCCAAUUUUGCAGGAAACGGUCGGGAAAUUACUGGAACCGACCCUGCCAUAAUAAUCUGGGAUUAUUUACCUUUACUCGAAAGAGCCCUUAUGCCAAGACCAGCUGGAAUUGAUAUAUUGUCACACGUCGUCGUUAAGAAGCAAUGGGGUAUUUUUAUCGAAACGGGUCAGCUUGCGUGCUGGGGAAGGGAGGUGGUAUAUGUCUGUUCUCUCAAUGUCCAUGGGGAUAGUUAA